GCUCCUCCCCCUCCAGGCUGCCGUCACUGGGGCUGCUGGACCGGAGCGAGCAACUCGGCAUCAACAACCAGCCGCUGGUUGCUCCUCCGUGCUGAGUGAAGACUCGGUGCAGCCAGCCAGGAGCCUCCCCGCCGUGUCUCUGCCCUUCAUUUCUCUCGGUUGACGACAUGGCCUCCGACGGCAUGGACGAGCGAUCUCCGCUGCUGUCGGGCCCCAACUCCGGGAAUGUGACCCCCACUGCUCCCCCGUACCUGCAGGAUUCAAGUCCCCGAGCCGAACUACCUCCUCCUUACACAGCCAUCGCCAGCCCCGACGCCGGCGGUGUGCCUGUCAUCAACUGCCGCGUGUGCGAGUCGCUCAUCAACCUGGAUGGAAAGCUGCAUCAGCACGUGGUCAAGUGCACGGUCUGCAAUGAAGCUUCGCCCAUCAAGAACCCCCCAACGGGGAAGAAGUAUGUGAGGUGUCCCUGUAACUGCCUGCUCAUCUGUAAAGACACAUCCAGGAGGAUAGGAUGUCCUCGACCAAACUGCAGACGCAUUAUUAACCUGAGCCCGGUGAUGGUGAUCCCCGAGGAGCAACCCGCCCAGCCGGCACUGCCCAUCCAACCUCAGGGGAUGAGGGUGGUCUGCGGUCACUGUGGCAACACCUUCCUAGGCAGUGAGGACGCCAGGUCAUCCCAGCCAAUGUCUGGCCUCCCCAGCGAUGGCUCUCCCCCAGUACAACAAGAGUGGAUGGAGCUUCGGUUUAACACGCUAGCCAAAUGUCCCCACUGCAAAAAAAUAUCCUCUGUUGGUAGUGCGCUCCCUAGGAGGCGCUGUUGUGCUUAUAUAACUAUAGGAAUGAUCUGCAUUUUCAUUGGAGUGGGUUUAACAGUUGGCACUCGGGACUUUGCCAGUCGUUACAACGCCACCUAUGUGUCCUGGGCAUUCGCCUACCUGCUGGGCCUGAUCUGCCUGAUACGAGCCUGCUACUGGGGAGCUAUCAAAGUGAGCUACCCGGAGAACAGCUUUGCCUAGGGCGGGCACGGCUCAGCGCAGCCCUGCACGGCUGGAAGAACAGACCCCACUUUUUAGUUUCUUUCAUUUUCUUCAGAUCUCAAACCGGUCGUGUUCAGCGGAGUGGAACGUCUGCGGAGUGUGUUGAGGAGGUGCUGUGUGUGUCUGAAGGGGUGUAUGCUGGAGAUGUAUCCUGUUGUGUUUGUGUCUGGAAUGUUUUUAACUCGCUGAACAAACCUACUGUACGCCGAUCAAUCCUGCUACUGGUCCACAGAGACUCAAAUCCCGCUCUGGUUUUUGCCAAAAUCCUCCAAGCUACAAAAACUGUGAUUUUUUUCUUGAUGAAUACAAAAAUUUGUUGGCUACUGUGCUGAUUUGAAAAUGAUAGUUUAGCAAACUGGCUGGAUUUGGUCUUUCUGGAUCAUAGUUUUGUUUAUUUUUCAGCAGCCUGACUGACACGAUGGUACCCACCUGAUUUCUUUUGUUACUGACCAGACCAAAAUGAGACAACCUCCUAAGAACAUUUUGCCCAUUGCACUACGAUUAUAUGCAAUUGUAAGUGUUGUUUUGCUGCUAGUUAAACUCCAGCUACAGAAAGCUGCAUAUUCAUACUGUAUUGUAACAAUUUACCUUGCCUGUGUACACUGACAUAGUAUUGCUAUAUGAUUUUAACUCUUGAAAUGAUCAGUUUUUAAAAGAAAUCGCCCUUAAAUACCCAUGCGUGCCAACUUAGCUGCCCAGUAUUAGUCAAGAAGAGCAUCAGAUCAACAGGAGCUUGUUUAUUUGUUUGUGACAUGCUGCUUUAACUCACUACAGCAAUAACCCUGUUAUUUGAGUUAUUUUGAACUUUGCUUACCCCACCUCCCUGCGUUCUUCACUGCGGUUUUGUUGCCUUCUCACUGGUGGAAAAUGAUCCCAAAAAUAUGGUGACUCACAUUUGCAUGAUGACUGGUUUUUGUUCAGUCACUGAGGUGGUGUUUUUUUUUUUUUUUUUUUUUCUUUCCCGUUUCCGUGAGGUAGCUGACACGUAUGACGUUCCUGUCUUUUGCUCCUUCUGCCUGUCCGUUAGAAUGUAAACCCUCCUCCCCCCCUCGCUUAUAAUCGCCACUCUCUGACCUCCAGUGAACUCUGUGCUAGCUAGCAUCGCUGUACGCUAACUCAGCAUCCUGUCUCUUGACCUUUACAAGUGGGCACAGUUCAAACUUCUAACCUUGUUUUGAAUGUGAUGAUGAUGAUAAUGAUGAUGAUGAUAAUGAUGAAGCAGAAAAUAAUAUUAAAAAUACUGUUUGUAUAUAGUUCAAAUUCAGUACUUGGAAAACUGUAGUGUGAGGUGGAAGGAUACAAUGGCUCGUGGGUCUUUUUAAAAAUGAUAAUUUAUCAAUAAAAUGCAAAAACUGCC